AAAAGAGGAUGCAGUAGGCGUGGAUGCUCAGAGUGGCUGUUAUGGCAAUGCACUACAAGCAGCUGCAUGGAGGGGUAACGAAUCGAUUGUGCAGCUUCUCCUCGAGCAUGGGGCUCAGGUGAAUGCUCAGGGUGGCCAUUAUGGUAAUGCACUACAAGCGGCUGCAUAUCAGGGAAAUCAAUCGGUGGUCCAGCUUCUCUUUGAGCGCGGGGCAGAGGUGAAUGCCCAGGGCGGCAGGUACGGUAAUGCACUACAAGCAGUGGCAUGCACGGGGAGCGAGUCGGCUGUGCAACUUCUCCUUGAGCGUGGGGCAGCGGUGAAUGCCCAGGGUGGCUAUUGUGGCAAUGCACUACAAGCAGCUGCAUUUAGCGGGAAGGAAUCGGUAGUGCAGCUUCUCCUCGAGCAUGGGGCAGAGGUGAAUGCUCCGGGUGGCCGUUACGGCAAUGCACUACAAGCAGCUGUGUGCAGCGGGAAGGAAUCGGUGGUGCGGCUUCUCCUUACGCAUGGGGCAGAG